UAAUAUUUUUUUUUCUUUAUAAUGGCCAGAAUGCUUCAUUAUUCCCAAAUAAUAUAUACCAUGACUCGAGUUUUGUGCGUUCCUUCCGAUUACAAUUCUUAGCCAUGCACGCGCACCCGGCUCGCCUACUCGCGUCGCGUUGCCUCAGCGAUUUGCCCCCCGCAUAUAGCUCAAGAACAAAGCCGCGACUUGCCGGAAUCGCUUUGGUUCCUCCGAUGGCCGCGACACGAGGCGCGGAACCGCGUUUGAACGAGAGAGAGCAGGAGGUGAGCUUAACGGAGUGGCAGGGAUGGGGCACUUCUUCUCCCGUCCCAGCCAUGGUGAACCAAGUCAUCGACGACUUACUUGCCCUGGAAAGGGACGCCGAUACCCGAAUGUGCUUCGGCGGACUCGGCGGAAAGCUUCAGGGAAACUUUAGGAUUCAGGAAGAUAUAAAACAUAGGGAAGUGUACCAAUCUCUAACUAAAUCAGAAGAAAAGCUUCAAUUUUUUUCUGCUCGACAGAUAGCGUGCAGAUUGCUUGGAAGUAGGGGAUAUCUUUGCCAGAAGUGUUGGAUUGCUAAGGAAGACUGCAUGUGUUCAAUUCUCAAUCCAUGCUCUCCUUGUAAGAGAAUAAGAUUUUGGGUGUACAUGCAUCCGAAGGACUUCUUGCGACAAAAUAACACUGGCAAGUUACUAUGGCAACUAUUUGGAGUUCAGGCUGCAUCAUUGUGCCUCUUUGGCAUUCAUGAACAUGAGGAAAUCAUGUGGGAUGCAUUUAGAAAUGCAGGAAAAUUCUUGGUAUGGUUUCUUUAUCCUAAUCAGAAUAUCUAUCCCAAUUCAGUUAAAGAUAUGUUACUUGGGGAUUCGUUUGCUGGUCCUGAAGGUGAAAAGAUGCAUCAAAAGCAACUAAAUUUUGUCUUAAUCGAUGGCACGUGGAGCAAUUCUGCUGCAAUGUAUAGACGUUUGAAGGAGAGAUGGGCGGCUACAUGGGGGGAGAAAGAGCCACCUUGUAUUUCUCUUUCAAGCACUGGCGCAUCAGUGAUGCAUAAACUUCGACCGCAGCCGGCAUGGGAUAGAACCUGCACAGCAGCUGCUGCUGCUGGCCUUCUCUUAGAGCUUCACCAUCAUCCGGAGCUGCACUCACAUGGGCUUGAUAAACUGGCGGAAGAGGUGGAGAAUGCAUUGGGUGCCUUACUUGAGGCCCUCACUGCUCGACGCUUGCGUAUGGGUCGGUCCAUCACUCGGAGGGAAAGACAUAAUAACUGCAUCUAAAAGAACAGUAAACAUUUUUUAUCCUUGCACUUGGAAGAUGAACUGAAGCUGAUAGUUGGUGCUUUCUAUAACUACUGGGCAGAUGAGAUUGGAACAACAGCCUUCUCGUUUUUUUGGGUCCAUUUUUUAUUAACAAUCAGAUUUGAAGGGAAAACUCUAUUUUGCUAUAUUAUUUUAAACAAAAUAGUCAUUUUUUAUUAUAAAACUGUAGUUAUAUUUUGCUAAAAUCUGGGGGACUAAUAUUGUGAAUACCUCAUCUGCUAUCACAUUGUGAUCUGUGCUUAUGCAGUUCUGUGCUGCCAGUUAUUGUUUAGAUAUAUCUCA